CAUCAGUGAACAUAUUGUUUGUGUCGUUCUAUGCGAAUAAGAACUUAUUUAUUAACAAAAAUCAUAAGAUUAGUGACCGAGUCUUUUGCAGCGAUAAAGUUGAGUGAUUCAUUUCGACGUUACGAAGUUCAUAAUUCAUGUCAGACCCGUGAAAAAAUUUAAUGUAACAUGAAUGUCGUUGUCUAAACAUUUAAACGAAAAUUAAUUAACCACUCGAUUUUGUGAAGUUUAUUCAAAAGUGAUUCUUGGAUAUUAGCUCGGAUUAAAAUGGCUGGCAAUGAAAUUAAUUUUGUACAAAAUAAUGCACACACAACCAGCAGUGACGAUUCGGACACUGAAUAUAUUGCCGAACUUCGCGGCUACUUGAGCAAAUGGACAAAUUACAUCCAUGGCUGGCAGCAGAGAUACAUUGUUUUGAAAAAUGCACAAUUGUCAUAUUACAAAAGUGAACAAGAAAGUGAAUUGGGGUGCAGAGGUGCAAUUAGCCUGUACAAAGCUGUAAUUAAGACUCACGAGUUCGACGAUUGUCGAUUUGAUGUGUCGGUUAAUAAUUGCGUUUGGUAUCUUCGUACCGAAUCCACCGAAGAUCGAGAUAAUUGGAUUGAAGUGCUACAAUCAUACAAUACAUCAAAUACAAACACAAUUGGCGCAUCACUUAGACGCCACGAUAGCAAUGUGUCGUUACAAUCGAAUACAUUGUCGACGAGCAGUUUAAAGCGAGCGAACCGAAGUCUACGGGAAAAAGUCAAUGAAAUUGAAACAUUCAAAGACAUUUUGUAUGGUCAGGUGGAAACGUUACAGCGCUAUUUCGAUGCGUGUGCCGAAUUGAAUCAGAAAAAUGGCACCACACUAGACUUAGGUGAUGGAUUGAAACCCAUUGACUUUAAGGGCGAAUCGAUAACUUUUCGAGAAACAACAGCUGGUGUUUUGACCACAUUGCAACAUUGCCUUGAUAUUAUUCACCAAAGAGAUGAGAGUUGGAAGAAGAAAUUUGACAGGGAAAUCGAACGAAGAAGAAAGACAGAGGAUCUAUAUAAGAAAUACAAAGAUGAGCUGAAUCAAUCACAAAAUUCUUCCUUUCCUGGACCAGACUUGGAGGAAGGACCUCAUUCAACUCUUCCAGAGGAUGAAUUCUUCGAUGCUGUGGAGUCUGGCCUGGACAAAAUAGAAGAAGAUCGACAGUUGAGGGCCCGAUUACGAUUACAGUCUCAACAGUCUCAAAUCAGUACAGCUAGCAGCGUAUCCAAAGACACCGAAGAAAAUUCAUCGAAUCAAAGUGAUGAAUUCGGAACCGGUGGCAUUGCUCGCAAUCACCGCCUCUGGCCACAAAUCGAUGAGAUAUGCACACAACAGUUGCAUUAUGCAAGGCAAGGUGUCGGCGAAGGUGGCAAUGGGUGGCAAUUAUUUGCCGACGAAGGUGAAAUGAAAAUGUAUCGUCGAGAGCAGGAAAUCGAUGGAAUGGUUGUGGAUCCACUGAAAGCGUGCCACUUUGUGAAGGGUGUGUCGGCUAGAGAGAUGUGCCAUUACUUUUUUAUGCCCGAAUAUCGAAAUGAUUGGGAAACUACUCUCGAGGAUAUGACAAUAUUGGAAAAAGUAUCGCCUGAUACAUUGGUUUUCCUGCAAACGCACAAACGUAUUUGGCCAGCUAGUCAACGAGAUGCUUUAUUUUGGUCGCAUAUGAAGAAUGUCCAAGAUAACGUGGACAAAGAUGCCCACAGCACAUGGAUUGUGUGUAAUCAUUCAAUUGAACGUGACGAUUACCCGCCAGCAAACACUGGAAAAUGUGUUCGGAUAUUUUUGACUGUAAUUUUGGUCUGUCAAACCUAUGUAGCACCAAUCCAGAAUGGUCAUAAGAUAACCAGAAACGAUUUGUCGUGCAAAAUUACAUACUGUUCAGUCGUCAAUCCGGGUGGUUGGGCACCGGCUUCUGUGCUGCGAGCCAUUUACAAAAAGGAAUAUCCAAAGUUUCUGAAGCGAUACACCGCCUAUGUUGUCGACCAAUGUAAAAAUAAGCCGAUUCUGUUUUAAGCGAUGAUGGAUACGAAAUCGGUUUUAGUGUUAGAUGAAACCAAAAUCAAAACUUUGGCCGAAUGGGGAAAGAGAAUAAAGAUGAACUGCUUUUUCUCAGUCUUAGCCUUACAGCCUAAUUAUUUUUAAUGUUUAAGGAAAUGAGUAAUGUUAAUGUGUCUGCCAUAAAUUCUAAUUUAACCAUUUGAGUUUUUGUUAAAACUUCUACUUCUUAAAAAUGGUAGCUAAGAAAACAAAAAUAUUUUUUUAUUGAAAUACAAAAAAAAAAUCAACAAAACGGAGAGUAUAAUGUGAAAAUAAGUUUUUUUUUUGUUAUAGGACGAUUAAAGUGGAUGCCUUAAUGAUUUAAUUCAA